UCCCCUGCUGUGCGCCGGAUCGCAUUGUUGGUUUUUACUUUUGUUUGUGCUCGCUCGCCUGUCUGGCGAAUGUGCUGAUCAAAACAUACGUCUGUAUGUCUGUGACACGUGAUGCUUGUAGGUGAUGUGUAGCUGGGUGUUUGGCGAGAGAAAUAUUAAGAUUUACCAGAUACACUGAGGGUGCCGGAGAGAUGUGUGAGAGAUGAGACCGUCCACUCACUGCUCACCAUGGUCACCAGAAAACGGUGGAUGAAUCUUAAAAGCUGCACACGGAACCGGUCACGUGUCUGCCUGGUCAUCGUGACCGUUAUCAGCGUGUAUUGGGUUCUCACCGUCUUGUUUCCCAGGGGGAGAUUCAUCAAAUGGAAAUCCUUGGAGCUACCACCACGUGACACGUCAGUGAAACAUUUCGUGAAGGGGAGGGACGGGGAAAUCUACAUGUACUCUGCCUGGGGCAGCAGCUCCGGGCAGCCCGAGGGCGGGGCGGGUGCGGCUAACGACAGCUACCCCCUCGGCGACGCCGUCGAGAUUGUGGUGACGACACUGGACAAAUCUCGCGUGAGCUACGAUUGCUGCGUGCUGUACCAGAACCUGGAGAUGGUUUACGUCAUAUCCGCUCGAGUGUACUUCCGGUAUUACGUGACGAAGAUGAAACUGAAGGAUAGGUUCAAGGAAUACUUCGAACCGACUUUUUACGUAGCAAGACAGUUCAGCUGCCGGGCGCCUGUUUUGACGGAAGGCGUCGCGCCGAGUCGAGUGACCUUGACCUCUAAAGGUCAGUGCUCCACGGACCUCAAAGACUACCUGCCCGUGCAGUAUCCCAAGAGACACCGCGGCCAGCUCGCCCUGUGCGCCAAAAUCGCCCACAGCGGCGGCCUCGACCCCAUCAAGGUCAUCGAGUGGUUCGAGCUCCAGAAAAUUUUAGGCGUGGAUAAGAUUUUGAUCUACGACAUGGGAAAUCCCGCGAGCCUCAACCGCUUGUUCGAGCACUACCAGCGCCAGGGUAUCCUAGACCGGCAGCCGUAUGAACUUCCAGGCGAGCCGAAGGGCCGGUCGCUCCAGGAACCGUUGAAGAGGACGAGACAGUUCAUCCAGGACGAGACGAUGGCGGUGCUGGAGUGUCGGCAGAGAAUGGCGGGGUACGACUACGUCAUCAGUCAUGACGUGGACGAGAUGAUUGUUCCCAGACAGGAAGUGACGCUGAAACAAUUUUUGCAGGACAAGAGGAAGCAACACCCCCAGUCCGCGGGCUUCUACUUCUUCACCCAGUUUUUCUUGACCACCUGGGAGCCGACCAACCCGGAGGAAAAUCUCAUGGUCAAACGGUACAGGAAAGCCACACCACCAAGAUGGGAGUGCUAUAAAUAUGUCUAUUUGCCUAGCAGAGUCUACACGUCAUUGACGCACGAGUUUUUUCCCAAAAGUUAUUACACUGGAACAAUACUAACCCCAGAGGAAGCAACUCUCCACCACUACCGCGCAUGUCCGUUUGACACGUGGGGCACGUGCACAGUGUACGCACAAACCGAUGAUGUCAUGAAGCGGUAUGUUGACCUGGACGAACGGGUUCGCCGGGUGAGAGAGGUCACGUCCACCUAAUCAGCUGACCUUUGAACUCAAGCCGCUAUCGGACACUUUCCUGACUAAAUACUCAAUCAUGUGCACUCUAGGAUUGUUUACUUCAGCAUUAAUUGCUGUACGAGUGUGUGCUGGAUGAUUGUGUGCUGGAUGAUUGUGUGCUGGAUGAUUGUGUGUUGCAUGAUUGUGUUUUGGAUGAUUGUGUGUUGGAUGAUUGUGUACUGGAUGAUUGUGUACUGGAUGAUUGUGUGUUGGAUGUUUGUGUGUUGGAUGUUUUUGUGUUGGAUGAUUGUGUGCUGGAUGAUUGUGUGUUGGAUGAUUGUGUGCUGGAUGAUUGUGUGCUGGAUGAUUGUGUGCUGGAUGAUUGUAUGCUGGAUGAUUGUGAGCUGGAUGAUUUCGUGCUGGAUGAUUGUGAGCUGGAUGAUUGUGUGCUAGAUGAUUGUGAGCUGGAUGAUUGUGUGCUGGAUGAUUGUGUGCUGGAUGAUUGUGUGCUGGAUGAUUGUGUGCUGGUUGAUUGUGUGUUGGAAUAUUGUGCUGGAUGAUUGUGUGCUGGAUGAUUGUGUGCUGGGUGAUUGUUUGUUCAAUGAUUGUGUGUAUAGUGAUUAUGUACUCGAUGAUUGUGUGUUCGAUCAGUAUGUAGUCCAUGAUUGUGUGUUCGAUGAUUAUGCAGUCGAUGAUCGUGUGCCUUAUCCAAACGGUCUUGUCGAGUUAUACAAUUUGAAAUCCGAAAAAACGGCGAGCAUUGUGUCGUUGUACUUUUACAAUAUGUGGGAUGAAAUCUCAUUUUUUUAAAAAUGUGGUUACAUGUAUCAAAAAUCUUCAGUGGGUUUUAUUUUGUCAAGAAAAUUAAACCACUGAGGAUUUUAAUUAACUGUACCUCAGGUAUUACUUGAAUCAGAAAAUGCCAUUUCAAAUUAUUUUUUCAACUUUUGAACUCCACGACUACUUGUGUAUGAACUGUAAACUUGACAUUUUUUAAAGAUUGUUGGCAUUUAUUUUUUAAAAUUGAGAUUGUGUAUUUAAUGCUGAGCUGCAAUGUUUAAUUUAUACAUUGUAUGUUUUGUUCAGAUGUUUCAAGGAAAGUAAAA